AUGCAUAAAACAGUGACAUCAAUUUCACUUGGUUCGACAGACAAGAAUCAAAAGACGCGUUCCAAUCUUACGGAUUCGGAUAAUGGUGAUGAAUCGGAUGAUGAUAUGCCAGGAGGAACGAAUGAUAAAUCGAAAACAACAACAACAACAACAGCAGGUCAAAAACGACCCAAACAACGAAAGGCAUAUACAGCUGAAAUUUUACCAAUGGUAUUCGAUGAAGAUCCAUCAAAACCUAUGAUUAAAUUGGCUAAUUAUAUAAUGAAAAGACGUAAAUGGCCAUAUCAAGGUUGGCAUAAACGUUAUUUUCAGUUAGAAAAUGGUUCUAUGAUAUAUGGAAAAUCUGAACAGAGUGUUCAACGCGGUCGAUUAAAUGGUAAAUGUGAUAUUGGUUUAUGUAUUGUAACAUUUAUUCGUGAAUCACAACGAAUAAAUAUUGAUGAAACAAAUUGUGUUUAUCAUUUAAAAAUAAAAGAAAAAAAACUUUUUGAACAAUGGCUUGAACAAAUUGCAUUACAUAGAACUUAUAGACAAAAACAAUUGGAACAACGAAGUCCAAUAUUAAAUAAUGAUAAUACACAAAAUACUAAUGAAAAUAUUUCAUCGAAUAGUGCUUUAUCACCGAUUAAUCGUCUGUUUCAUAAUGAAUUUUCUGAUAUUCAAUUACAACUAGGAAGUUUAUCGGAUAUUCUUGAACGUAUUAAAAUACACGCAAGUAAUACGAUAGCUGCACCUAGUGGAUCAGCAAAAUCAACAGAUGGAACUAAAUCAAGUGGUCAUACACCAUCAGCUAGUAUAAGUAGUAUAAAUUCAUUUACAUUAGUUGAUCUUCAACGACAAGAUUAUUAUGAUACAGCUAAAAAAGUUUUUGAUAAUUUAAAUAAUCUUUGUAAACGUUUAUCGGCUGUUGCUGUCGAACAACAACAAACACUCAAUAAUAAUAAUAAUUCAACGACGGCAGAAAAUGAACACAUCUAUCAUUCAAUUUCAUCGACAAGGACUAUGUCAAGAGAAGGAUCAAUUUUCUAUGAUGCACCAGAAGCUCUUAAUACAAUAUAUCUAGAUGAAACUAAAGAUGACAUGGGAAAAAUUUCAGAUUCCGAAGCAUCAAGUGAUGGUGAUGAUGAAAAUCAUCCCGGUGAUAUUGAUCGACAAUUAUCUGUUCCACCUCAAUUAAAACCACCAAAAAUGAAAUGGCGUCGUUCAUCAUUACCAGCAAGUGCUCCAGAUACAGCUAAUGUUGGUUUAUGGAAUAUAAUGCGUAAAGCAAUUGGCAAAGAUCUAUCUCGUAUAGCAUUACCAGUUAUAUUAAAUGAACCAUUAGGUUUAUUACAAAAAUUAUGUGAAGAAAUGGAAUAUUCGGAUUUACUUGAUCGUGCAUCACAAACCGAUGACAUGCAUUUACGUCUUGUUUAUGUUGCUACAUUUAUUGUUUCGACAUAUUCAGCAAAUUAUUAUCGAACUGGAAGAAAAAAUUUUAAUCCAUUAUUAGGUGAAACAUACGAAUGUAUACGAGAAGAUAAAGGAUGGAAAUUUAUUGCUGAACAAGUCAGUCAUCAUCCUCCAAUUAGUGUUUGUACCUGUGAUUCACCAAAUUUUACAUUGUCACAAAAAUUACAAGCUAAAAUUAAAUUCUGGGGCAAAUCAAUGGAAAUAUUUCCUGAUUCAUUGAAUACAUUAGUUUUUCCGAAAUAUAAUGAAACAAUAACAUGGAAUAAAUGUAAAAUGUGCAUACAUAGUGUUUUAUCAAAUGAACGAUGGAUUGAUCAUUACGGUGAUGUCCUUGUUGAAAGUACAUUAGGAACGAAAGCUCGAAUUAGUUUUAUACAAAGUGAUUAUCGUACACGUUUGAAUAAUAUUGCCGGUGAUAUUGAAGAUGUUAAUGGAAAAGUAGUACAUAAAAUAUUUGGCCAUUGGCAUGAAGAAGUUUUUUGUGGAAAUGAUCAAACAGCAAAAUGUAUUUGGCGACAAAGUGCUGUACCAGAAAAUUCGAAACAAUAUUAUGGUUUUACACGUUUUGCAAUUGAAUUAAAUGAACUUGAUGAUGAACUUCGUCAUCAAUUACCACCAACUGAUACACGUUUUCGACCUGAUCAACGUUAUCUCGAAGCAGGUCAAGCUGAAGUUGCUGAAACUGAAAAAGCUCGUAUUGAAGAAGCUCAACGAACGCGUUCUGGAUCAGCAGCUGGUCCAAAAUGGUUUAAACCUCAAGGUGACUCAUAUGUACUUAUUCGUGACGACGAUUCAUCAGAUUUUUAUUGGAAAAAGCGUGAAGAACAUUGGGCAGGUGUUGACUUUACACAAUUAUGGUAG